AUGGGGCUCAGCAAGAUGAAAAGGCGGAAGCGCAUUCCCCUUUCGCUCUUCAUUGCAACCGUUUGCUGGGUUGCGCAGACAGGGCACGGAGGAUUUGUCGUGCCCACGGCAAGAGGGAGUGGAAUGAGGCCAGCAAGAGUUGCAGGCUCGCGACUGCAACUUGCGGGGGUGUCUGUGGAGAAGAUGGAGAAGCACCCCAGGUUGCCGGUGUGGCCAGCAUGGUUCGGUAUCGUGUACAUUUUGCUGGACCUACUGCUUGGCAAACCGGGCGUCGGGGCCUGGCUCGAGGAUCGCUUCGGAGGCCGCGUUUGCCCGAUGAUCUUUCGCGAUACCUCGGUGUCGGAUCCAUUCCUGCUAGUAGCACAUCACCGGCACUCCUUCAAUGCCUUCGAUCCUUUCCGCUACCUCUUCCGGUUCUUGUUGCCGGAAGGCUUCCCAGCCCACCCCCACCGUGGCUUUGAGACGGUCACCUAUGUUCUCCGAGGUGGACUGGUGCAUCGUGAUUCCCUAGGAGUCAAGAAGUCGUACGGUGCUCCGAAAGACUCCAGCGGAAGCGGCGACGAUGCGGCGGUGCAGUGGAUGACGGCAGGGAGCGGCAUGUUGCACGAGGAGAUGUGGCGAACAGGGGACGCUUGGGAGAGCUCCGACCAGGAGCUGUUUCAAAUUUGGGUGAACCUUCCCAAAGCGGACAAGUACACCAGCCCGCGGAUGCAAAUGCUCGGGCGUGACGGCAACUCCGCCGAUGUCUCGGCUCCCAAGCUCGGAGUGCUCACUGAAGUGCAUGAGCGUGGUCCUGUGCCCUCCGCCGAGCCCAAACCUGGCGUGUCAGUGCGCAUCAUCGCAGGGGAGGCCGACGGCGUGCGCAGUCCCAUCGAGACAUUCUCGGAUCUGGCCAUCCUUCACGUGACCCUGCAACCUGGAGCGGUGUGGACGUGGCCAAAGCCGGCGGGAUGGAGCUGUUUGCUGUACGCACGCAAAGGAGAAGCUACCCUUGGGGAUGAGACUACUCUACAGGUCCAUCACACAGCAACCUUGGCGCGCGCGGAUUCGGAGGAGGAGCUCAAGCUCGCUGCAAGCUCCGAAGAGGUGGAGAUUCUGAUCCUGGCUGGCGCUCCUCUCCGGGAGCCGGUAGCCAUGGGCUCCAACAUCAUCAUGAACUCUGAUGCGGAGCUGGCCCUUGCGAAUCGUGACUUGAGCCGCGGCUACUUCGGACCGAUCUGGGAUCACACCGACGAUGAUGCCACGUGGCUGGCCACUGUCACGAGCCACUGGGGCCGAAUGGCGGACGCCCUCAAGCGCUGA